CUGAGCUCACAUUUCCUGGUUCCCUUCCCCUCACACCUGUAGUUUGACAACAGGUGGGGAAGAGCCAGAGCUGACAGGCUCCGCCCACUGCUGCGUCACAUUUUGUUAAGAGCUCAAACCGGUUCCAGUUGUGAGGAAGAGAAACUCAGACAGUCGUGGUGACAGAGCGGUGAAAUGGCAGGAGUUCAGCUGCAGAGAGAAACCUUGUCUUGUUCCAUCUGUUUGGAUCUUCUGAAGGAUCCGGUGGCUCUUACCUGUGGACACAGCUUCUGUAUGAACUGUAUUAAAGACCACUGGGACAGAGAGGAUGAGAAGAGGAUCUACAGCUGCCCUCAUUGUAGAAAGAUCUUUAUGCCGAGGCCUGAACUGUUAAAAAACGUCAUGUUAGCAGAUUUAGUGGAGAAGCUGAAGAAGACUGGACUCCACGCUGAUCACUGCUAUGCUGGAGCUGAAGAUGUGGCCUGUGAUGUCUGCACUGGCAGGAAACUGAAAGCUCUCAAGUCCUGUUUGGAUUGUUUGGCCUCUUACUGUGAGGAACAUCUCCAGCCUCAUCAUCAAGCACCUCCAUUAAAGAAGCACAAGCUGGUGGAGCCGUUCAAGAACCUCCAGGAGAACAUCUGCCCUCUUCACUAUAAGUUGAUGGACUUGUUCUGCCGCACUGAUCAGCAGUGCAUCUGUUAUCUCUGCUCUGUGGACGAACAUAAAGACCACGACAUGGUCUCAGCUGCAGCAGAGAGGAAGCAGAAGCAGACAGAGCUGGAUCUGAGUCGAGAAGAAGUCCAGCAGAGAGUCCAGGACAUAGACAGAGACGUGAAGGUGCUUCAACAGGAGGAGAAGGCUCUCACUCUCUCUGCUGAUAAAGCUGUGAAGGACACAGACGAGAGCUUCACUGAGAUGAUGCAUCUCCUGCAGAGAAGAAGCUCUGACGUGAAGCAGCAGAUCAGAUCCAAGCAGGAAACCGAGGUGAGACGAGUCAAAGAUCUUCAGGAGAAACUUCAGCAGGAGCUCACUAAGCUGAAGAAGAGAGAAGCUGAACUGAAGCAGCUCUCACUCACACAAGACCACAGCCAGUUUCUCCUCAACUACCGCUCACUGUCAGCACUCAGUCCGUCGACACACUCGUCCACCGUCCACGUCCGUCCUCUGAGACACUUUGAGGAUGUGACAGUGCCUGUGGCAAAGGUCAGAGGUCAACUGCAGGACGUCCUGACCAAGACGUGGACAAACGUCUCACUGGCUGUGGCUCGAGUAGAUGUUUUACUGACAGAACCAGAAGCAGAACCAGAGACCAGAGCUGAAUUCCUCAGAUAUUCACAGGAAAUCAAACUGGAUCCAAACACAGCAAACAAAUUUCUGUUAUUAUAUGAGGGAAACAGUGAAAAAGUGACAGUAACGUGGGUAAAUCAGUCUUAUCCUCAUCGCACAGACAGAUUCACUGAUGUGGGUCAGGUGAUGAGUAAACAGAGUCUGACUGGACGUUGUUACUGGGAGGUGGAGUGGAGCGGAGGAGGAGGAGUUUGUGUAGCAGUGACGUACAAGAACAUCAGCAGAUCAGGUUUAGAUGAAUGUAGAUUUGGAUUCAAUGUCAAAUCUUGGUCUUUAGAUUGUGACCACAACAGUUGUAGUUUCAUUCACAACAGCAUCAGGACUAAAGUCUCAAAUGUUAAAGUCUCCAGAGUCGGAGUUUACCUGGACCACAGAGCAGGUCUUCUGUCCUUAUACAGAGUCUCUGACAUCCUGACUCUGAUCCACAGAGUCCAGACCACGUUCACUCAGCCUCUCUAUGCUGGAGUUAGGUUUUAUUCACCUGGAACCACAGCUGAGUUGUGUAAACUCAAAUAGACUUGAGUUCUUUCAGGAGCAGUGAGUUAAACUCUGUGUUUAAAUCUUUAACUUUAAUCUCACUGCAACAACAACAAUAACAUAACAAUAAUAAUCAGUUAUUGUUUUUGUUUGUUCAAUUUUCUUUUUUUUUUUAAAUCAUAAUACAGCAUUUAAAUGACCAUUAAUUACUUUAUAAUAUUUCAUUAUUUUAUUGCAAAAAGGUCCGUUUAGUGUGAAACUGAUGAAGAACUUUACCUUAAACUAACUUUACUUUAAGUAAAGGAUUUUUUACAGUGUUUAAGGGCUAUUUUAAGAGUUUAAAGCAACAUUUCUUUUUUAAUAAUUAUGGCAAAAAAAUACAGUUUAAGUUAUAAUAAUCAUCUCUGGAUUAACUUCUGACAUUACUUAAUAGUUUCGUAAAAAAUGUAAGGAAAGUGAUUUUAGAGUGUUUGAGAGCCCUUUUAAGAGUUUAAAAUAAUGGUUAUUUAACCUUAUGGCAUAAAAAAAAUACAGUUUAAGUUUUAACAAUCCUUCUAUGUCUAUUCCUGAUUCAUUUCUGAGGAUAUUUUCAAAAUAAAAUGUAAAGAAAAGUGAUUUUAGAGUGUUUGAGAGCUAUUUUAAGAGUGUAAAGAGUUGGUUAUUUGACAUUAUGGCACAAAUAAUAUAUAUUUAAUGUUAUUAUAUUUGUCCUUUUC